AUGAUGGACAUCUUGACAGACAAGAUCACAUCCAUCCUCAAUGAUCGAGGUAUCCCUGCCAAAAGACAUGUGAUUGGGGUGGCAUUUGAGGAUUCCGGGAAUGCAGAAUGGGCAUCGAAAUACCUCCGCCCGGACACUUUGCUAUCACAGGAGGAGCUUAUGUUAUAUUCUAAGCUCAAAGAUUCCGGUGCUCUCCAGCCUUUCCUCGGAAACCCAGAACUCGGCGCGACACGGCCUAUUCUCGAAGAUGAUCUCCGCAACGCGAUCGAGUCCCUCGAAGCCUCGACGGCAACGAUUCAAAAACAGACCGAGACCUUGAAACUCCAAUGUGCAAGCCUCAAUACGCAAUUAGGCCUUGAAAACGAUGCAGAGCAGCAGCGGAGUCGUGAUAUUGCUCGGCUGCGAAAGAAACAUGAAGUGGGAAGGCAAAACACUACAAUGGCGGCAAUCGAACUUGCCGAUGGGUUAGAGUCCGAUUUUAGGACUGCGACAGAAAAAUCGGGUGCAGAAAGCAAGAGAAUCCUCGCCUCGGUGUCUACGCGGUUAAGGCAGGACGACAAGGCCCUCACGAGUCUGGAAACUGUUAUGUCCAGUAUCAAAUAUCGUGGUAAUGAUGCAUCUACAAUAAAGCGUACGGGUCAUCUCAGCACGAUGCUCUCGGACUAUGCCGCCGAGGAAAUUCAUUAUCGACUCGAUCGACUCUAUCUGGAAACAAUCCAGACAGGCCCAGGUUCUGGCGGUACAGAUGGAGCAACGAGCACUGCCCUAGAGGAGGAACUAGAGUCCCUGUAUCCAGAGAUUGCGAUAUUAGCGGAGAUGUCAACUAGGCAGCAGUUCCAUGAGCCCAUUCUCCGUGAACUCCAGAACGAACACAGCCAGCUUCGAGUGGCGUCGCAGGAGAAACUAGAACAGGCACUCGACAUGUUGAUCGAGAUGACUUUGUCGAAGCAAGAUCUCGCCAAGCAACUCGAAGUCCGGGAAUCGUCUUCCGAGCUGUUGGAACAACUUGCGGCAUUAUAUCAACAUGAAGCAUGCAGCGAGGCUGUAACACAGCCAUCAUCCCGACGAGAGUCCCUGCGACGGCGAUCGUUACAGCCCGGUCUCCUCUUGGCUGCCACCCAAACACCCACUGCGCCCACAGUUGCCCAACCAGCACUCGAACGACUUAUACGGCGUGUUGGUAUACCGCCAGAAUCUAUACUCCACCCACGCGAGAAUAGAGGGGUCAGUAACCUUCAUGAAAAGCGAUAUCACAUGUCCGAAACACUCGGCAACCUCAAUAUAGCGGUGGACGGUCCCUUGGUGACCCAUCUAGCGCCGUUGGACCACGCAUCCCAGCUCUUUGAUUCUUCAUUGCACGCUAACUCUCAUUAUGAGACAUCAUUGCGCGAUCUUGCCGAGGAAAAAGCGCUCCUGGGCCUCGAGGGUGAACUACGGAAGCUUCACGAUGGGGUCCAAAAUCUCAAUCUGGAUGUCCUCCACCAGCGUGAUAGCAAUCAAGACAGAUUAAUUGCGCGAUGGACAUAG